AUGGACGCCAAACAGCUCCAAGAAGCCGCCAUCCUGCUCAAGAAAGCCCACGAAAAGGACGAACCCCCAAGCACAAUCCUCACCCUCCUCCAACCUCUAGAGAAAUGGGCGCCGACAGAAGAUCUUAUGAGGAGCAGCAAGAUCGGUGUGUACGUUAACAAGUGUCGCAACAGCAAGGAUCCCAAAGUGAACGCUCUAGCUUCCAAUCUGGUCAACAAGUGGAAGAAGGCUGUCCAGAAGAAGCCGGGGACAGCUUCGCCGGCGCCAGGAAAGGGUGGUGUGAAUGGGGUGAACGGCACAGGGAGGAGUGGGACGAGCAGUCCCGCGCCGCCGGUGAAGAAGGAGGCACCUCCCAGAAAACACAGCGUUGCGCCUGAGAAGAGGACUGCCAAGGAGGACGGUGUCAAUACUGGUCAUACGGGCAAUGCGGUGCGGGAUGGAUGCAUCAUGCUCAUCUACAAUGGGCUGUGCUUCAUGAGUGAGGAGUCACCGGACGACGUCUUGGCCGCGGCGACACGAGUUGAGGAGGCGGCAUUCCAGGAAUAUGCACCCGAGACGAGCGCGACGUACAAGCAGAAGAUGAGGAGUCUGCAUCUCAACCUGAAGAUGAAGCAGAAUACGGAGCUGCGAAAAGAUGUGUAUAGUGGCGCAAUCGACCCGAAGCGCUUCGUCACCAUGACCAGCGAUGAGUUGAAGAGUGAAGAUCAGAGGAAGGAGAUUAAGAAGCUGGAGAAGGAGAACAUGAACAAGGCCAUGACCGCGGUGGAGGAGAAAGCGAUCUCGACAACGGCGCUCCAAUGA